CGCGCAGCGAGCCCGACAGAUGUCUGUAGUCAUUUAUAUUGCCAGCACGUGGGGGCCGCUCUCCGGCUCCCCUCGCUUCUCUCCAGCUCUCCCAGCGAGGGAAGAAGAGGCAUUUCGCAGCCGACAAUGAAAUCUUGGCAGUUAAUUGCAGCCGUGGGAGAUGCCCUUCAGGAUACUAAAGUGGAGUGCAGCUCGUGUGUAGAAGCAGAGGACAGAAAAGUUUGCCACCUCCUCAUUGCCGCAAUUAGCAGGAGGGGGAGAACUGGGGGACCCGAAGAAGGAAGAGGAACGGAUUAUGGCAGGGACACCCCUCUACCAGAGCCAGCCCCUUUGGAUGAUAUAUGUAUGUAUACAACAGAUGAAUUGUGAAAGGGGUCAACUAAGGGGUAACCAGGAAGCCACAGCACCUCCUGACACAAUGGCACAGCCUUACGCCUCGGCCCAGUUUGCUCCCCCCCAAAACGGCAUCCCGGCAGAAUACACCGCGCCCCACCCCCACCCUACUCCAGAUUAUGCAGGCCAAACCACAGUCCCAGAGCACACGUUAAACAUGUAUCCGCCUGCGCAGACGCACUCCGAACCAAACGCAAGCGACGCCAAUGCACAGACUGUCUCAGCCACAGCCACACAGACAGAUGAUGCAGCACAGACCGACGGCCAACAACAGACACAAUCCUCGGAAAACACAGAAAACAAAUCUCAGCCGAAACGGCUGCACGUUUCAAAUAUACCCUUCAGGUUUCGGGAUCCAGAUCUCAGACAAAUGUUUGGGCAAUUUGGUAAAAUCUUAGAUGUUGAAAUUAUUUUUAAUGAGCGAGGCUCCAAGGGAUUUGGUUUCGUUACUUUCGAAAAUAGUGCUGAUGCCGAAAGGGCGAGGGAGAAAUUACACGGCACCGUGGUAGAGGGCCGUAAAAUCGAGGUAAAUAAUGCGACGGCUCGCGUCAUGACAAACAAAAAGACCGUAAAUCCAUAUACGAACGGUUGGAAAUUAAAUCCAGUUGUUGGUGCAGUCUAUAGCCCAGAAUUCUAUGCAGGCAGGGUGCUGCUGUGCCAGGCAAACCAGGAGGGAUCUCCCGUGUACAGUGCCCCCAGUUCACUAGUAUACACAUCCACAAUGCCGGGUUUCCCUUAUCCUGCCGCAACCGCAGCAGCUGCGUACAGAGGUGCCCACCUAAGAGGCAGGGGACGUACUGUCUACAACACGUUUCGAGCAGCGGCUCCUCCUCCCCCGAUUCCAGCUUAUGGCGGUGUUGUUUACCAGGAUGGAUUUUAUGGUGCAGACAUUUAUGGUGGUUAUGCUGCCUACCGGUAUGCCCAGCCCACCACAGCUACCGCAGCUGCCUACAGUGACAGCAGCUCCUGUGACGCUGUAUGCCUCAGCACGCAUGUGAAGAAGCCUCCUGCACCAAUGUGGCAUGAUGACAUCGUUGCGCCAGGCUGGUGUAAUGGGCAUGUGCAGCAAGGCCUAUUGCAUCACAGACCUCUCCAGAGUUGCCGGAAUGCCCUAGAACAUGCUGGAUUCCAAAAUCAAUUCGUCUUCGUUGCAACAGAUGAAAUUUCUUGUAACACCUCUGCAGUUACGGACGACUUUAUGCUGCAGACCCCUACCACCACACACUUGCUCCCGCAACCACCUACGGCGUUGGUGCCGUGGCUAGUAUAUAUCGAGGGGGAUACAGCCGGUUUGCUCCAUACUAAAUGACAAAACCAUAAUACCCUUCCAAUGUGGGGGAAAACGGAAGCUUUCCGAGGCCUGGGUAUUGCAAUACAUGCAGUAGUGCAUCAUUUUAGCAACUCUAAACAAAACAAAACAAAACAAAAAUAAAAAAAAGAGGAAAAAAAAUCUACAUUUUUUAUCUUAUACCUCAGAUAUUUUGUUCUGUGUAUUUUAAUAUUGUGGGUCUUUUAAGUUAUGACGUUACCUAGUUUGCUGACUGUAGAAAGUUUUGAUUUUGUUCUUCUUAAUUAUUAUUAUUAUUAUUUAUUUUCAUUGUGGUUGAUUUAGAAAGCUGCUAGAAAUGGAUUUUUUUUAAAAAAAAAAUACUGUUUCGGGGGGGGCCACAAUCAAGACUGCUAUAUCAUGUAAAUGAAUUAUAUAUGCUGAAUAUUAAGCUAUUGGGAUUUCCUCACUUUGUUUUGUAAAAGUAUAAGUGACAUAUCUUUUUAUUAUUAUUAUUAUUUUCCGGCAGAAGACAUUUAAUUUUUUUUAGUUUUCCAAAGGGAAGGGGGAGAGGAGGAGAGUGGGCGGGGUUCAGCUGAGACUCACUUCCGAUAGAUCCCCACUGCUACACCUGUCGUCAUUAGAUCAGCUUGUCUCAAAUGAUUCACUGUUCUUUCAAAGCCAAAGGUUACGUUGUUAAUUUCGAGGGGGCGGGGCGGGGGUGGGUGGGGCAGAGAAGAAGGGGGUGCUUGAAUUGACAUCUGUAUAUACAAAUCUAAUUAGAAGCUGAACAAAGCACCCUUUUAAUGCAUUCCACCAGGCAGUAUUACGCGCCAGUCAUAGACUAGUUCUUUAGGCAAAAAAAGAAAGAAAGAAAAAUACCUGCUAGUUAGAUCAUGAACAAGCAUUCUUUUUUAUAUUUCUUCCAGUAUAAUAAAGUAUUGAUAUCAUUGCAGACUUUUAUAUUAUGGGAGGAUUAAAAAAAAUUAAUAAUAAUAAUAAUAAAGGUUAAAAAAAAGCACUGUUUCUAUUUUUUUUUCUUUUUUUUCCAAAAAAAAAAAAGAAAGUAAUAAAAACUUAAAUUCUUUGUACCAGUUUAAAAAAAAAAAAAGAAGUGUAUAAAAAUUUACGUCUGUGCAGUGGAAUUAUUCCUUUCAAGAGAAAUGUACACACCGUAUGACGCUUUAGACUUUCAGUCCAGUAGACCAACAGGUAGAGACAAAACACAUUUAUCAUUUUUACAGAAUUUAAACGCUACUCAUACUCAAAAUUUAUAUAUGCAUUUUACAAGUAACUGCAACCAUGGAGUAAAGAUGAUCAUGGUACUUUCAUCCUGCUUGGUACUUUUUGAAACAUGAACGUGUUGUGUAAGCGAACUGCAGUUUUUCAAGGUGUUCCAAGCCCUGCCCUCUCGUUUCAUUUUCCAAACCCAACAUCACCAUGAUUAUGAUUAUUAUCCCUAUUGUUAUUAUUAUUAUUACUACUACGACUAUUAUUUGGGCCCAAGGCAACAUAAAGUAGAGGUGAAGAUAGCAGGACGUGCUAGUCCAACACUCCCCCAACACUUCCCGCCCCCCCCCCCCCCCCCAUGGCACCCAAGAACAGGUGCCAAAGUGGCAGCUUCCAGCACAACUGAAAAAUUGCAGUUUGUCUGUGCAUAUGUUUGAGAAAAAAAAAUCUUUCCAUGUUGUCCUGUUUACAAGUUAGCCUAAUUUGGGGGGUUUGUCAGGGGUCUUCUUGUUUUUGUAUUUAAAAUUAAUAAAAAGCAGGAAAAAAAAUUAUGAAACCGUCUCGCCACGGUUUUGCUGCAGAUAGUUAUAUUCUCAUGUGUACCGUGCCAGCCCGAAAACAGGCAAGCACUUUAGAAUGAUCAAUUCACCGCUGUGAACCUGCCAACUCGCUAUAAACGAUUCUGCUUUUUAAAAAAGUGUUUGUGAUCAGGCUUUUUCUCUUUGUCAUCGUAAUGUGCAUGCAAUAUGAUCAGUUGAACAAUAACCAUCAAUAAAGUUUCACAAGAUUUGAAAACAA